AUGACUAAAGUCGUGAUCAUCGGUGGCUCUUACGCUGCCCAUUUGGCUGUUUCUGAACUCUACAAGACUUCAAAUGAUUUGGAUGUCACUUUGGUGUCGUUGAAUACCCAUUCAUACUUUAAUGUGGCUGCACCCAGAUUGUUGGUUGAGCCAGAGAAAAUUGACAAGACCUUGUUCUCCAUUGAGAAGUUCUUGAAGAACAGAUCGGGUGGAAAGGGCAAAUUUGUUCAUGGAAAGGCUACCGGCGUUGAUUUUGAUGCUAACACCGUGACGGUUCUUAAUGACGGAACCAAAACCGAAACCGUCCUCACCUACGACCUCUUGGUGCUUGCAACCGGAGCCAAGUCUCAAUUCGAUGGUUACAAGGUCAACGACUCGCAUUUGACUGCAAGAGCAGCUCUUGAGGAGACAGCAAAGAAGCUCAAAACUGCCAAACUGGUUGCAAUCAUUGGAGGCGGUCCUACGGGUGUGGAAACCGCCGGAGAGAUUUCCUACGCCUACAAGGCGACUGCGGUGACUUUGUACACGGGAAGUUCUUCGCCAUUGUCUUCGCAUCAGAAGUUGGUUGGCGGUGCAAUUACGAAGUUGAAGAAUUUAGGUGUGGAGGUAGUCAACAACGUGCGUCUGACUUCGGUUGAAGGAGGCACCGUCACGCUUGACAAUGGCGAGACACGUUCGUUCGACCUUGUGCUUGAUGCCACCACUCAGACGCCAUAUUCCGAGUAUCUUCCAGCAUCUGUUAAGGACAAAAACGGGUAUGUUAUUACCGACAACUACUUGGUUGUGAAGGGCACUAAAAAUGUUCUUGCACUUGGAGACAUUGUCUCCGGUCCUUCCAAGACCGUCGUGGACCUCAAGAGGGGCCAGAUUGGUGUGUUUGCUGCCAGCGCUAAUAGCAUUUUGAAUGCCAGUGCCCCUAGUGGAAAGGAGUGGAAACCAGUGCAGGGAACCAUUAUUGUGCCAAUCUCUCCUACCGGCGGAGAGGGUCUUAUUUUUGGCUGGCAUAUCCCCAACUAUCUCGUGAAGGUGUUUAAGUCAAAGACAUUUUUCAUGAACAGAGCUGCAGAAGAUUUGGCCUAG